UUUGGAAGGACGCUGAUUGGCUGGAAGCGAUUCAACACACGCCGGGCAAGAGAGCUUUGUCUGAGUUGAAGUGAAGUUGUACAGAUUUUAGACUGGAGUCAGCAAUCACGGGUGUGUUUAGUCUGCAGCCGAGCAGAGAAAGGGAGAAAGAAUCGCUCGAGAAAGAUUCACUGCAGGCUCCGCCAGCACCCUGCAAUAGAUGGAUUCCGACUACACGAGGGGGGAGACGCGGAGGUGACACUCUUCUCUGCCUGCAGAGAGGACAGCCAAACAAAUGCAAGGAUCGGACUCGACGCCAAUAAUAUCUGGAAGUCGUGACACGGUGUGUAUAAAACAAAAGUUUGCGAGCUGUUGAUUGCUGUGCUGUAUUAUUAAGAGCCGAUUUCAAGUUUCAAGUACCAAAUGUAGCUUAGCUUUAAGUUGCCAAAGGAAGUUGAGGGAAUUGCUUUGCUGUUUUAACUUGGUCUGUGUGAGGAAUCUCCUAAACUGACCGAUGUGCCAAAUGAAUGCUAAAAUGCACUUUAGAUUUGUUUUUGCACUCCUGAUGCUAUCUUUCAGCUAUGAUGUACUGGGCAAGAAUUUGAAAUACAGGAUUUAUGAGGAGCAGAGGGUUGGAUCCGUAAUUGCAAGACUAUCAGAGGAUGUGGCUGAUGUUUUAGUUAAGCUACCUAAUCCUUCCACCGUUCGCUUUCGAGCCAUGCAAAGGGGAAAUUCUCCUCUCCUUGUAGUAAAUGAGGAUAACGGAGAAAUCAGCAUAGGGGCUAAAAUCGACCGUGAACAACUAUGCCAGAAAAACUUGAACUGUUCCAUAGAGUUUGAUGUGAUCACUCUACCCACUGAGCAUCUGCAGCUUUUCCAUAUUGAAGUCGAAGUGCUGGAUAUUAAUGACAAUUCUCCCCAGUUUUCAAGAUCUGUCAUACCUAUUGAGAUAUCUGAGAGUGCAGCAGUUGGGACUCGCAUCCCUCUGGACAGUGCAUUUGAUCCAGAUGUUGGGGAAAAUUCCCUCCACACGUACUCUCUCUCUGCCAAUGAUUUUUUUAAUAUUGAGGUUCGGACCAGGACGGAUGGAGCCAAGUAUGCAGAACUCAUAGUGGUCAGAGAGCUGGAUCGGGAGCUGAAGUCAAGCUAUGAGCUUCAGCUCACUGCCUCAGACAUGGGGGUGCCUCAGAGGUCUGGCUCAUCCCUACUAAAAAUAAGCAUUUCCGACUCCAAUGACAACAGCCCUGCUUUUGAGCAGCAGUCUUAUAUAAUACAACUCUUAGAAAACUCCCCUGUUGGCACUUUGCUCCUUGAUCUGAAUGCCACUGAUCCAGAUGAGGGCGCUAAUGGGAAAAUUGUAUAUUCCUUCAGCAGUCAUGUGUCUCCCAAAAUUAUAGAGACUUUUAAAAUCGAUUCAGAAAGAGGACAUUUGACUCUUUUCAAGCAAGUGGAUUAUGAAAUCACCAAAUCCUAUGAGAUUGAUGUUCAGGCUCAAGAUUUGGGUCCAAAUUCAAUCCCAGCUCAUUGCAAAAUUAUAAUUAAGGUUGUGGAUGUUAAUGACAAUAAGCCUGAAAUUAACAUAAACCUCAUGUCCCCCGGAAAAGAAGAAAUAUCUUAUAUCUUUGAAGGGGAUCCUAUCGACACAUUUGUUGCUUUGGUCAGGGUUCAGGACAAGGAUUCUGGGCUGAAUGGAGAAAUAGUUUGUAAGCUUCAUGGACAUGGUCACUUUAAACUGCAGAAAACUUACGAAAACAAUUAUUUAAUCUUGACGAAUGCCACACUGGAUAGAGAAAAGAGAUCUGAAUACAGUUUGACCGUAAUCGCUGAGGACAAGGGGACACCCAGUCUUUCUACAGUAAAACAUUUUACUGUUCAGAUCAAUGAUAUAAAUGACAAUCCACCCCACUUCCAGAGAAGUCGAUAUGAAUUUGCAAUCUCAGAGAAUAACUCGCCAGGGGCAUAUAUCACCACUGUUACAGCCACAGAUCCCGAUCUUGGAGAAAACGGCCAGGUUACAUAUACCAUUUUGGAGAGUUUUAUCCUGGGAAGUUCCAUAACUACAUAUGUAACCAUUGACCCAUCUAAUGGAGCCAUCUAUGCCCUCAGAAUCUUUGAUCAUGAGGAAGUGAGUCAGAUCACUUUUGCGGUUGAAGCGAGAGAUGGAGGAAGUCCAAAGCAACUAGCAAGCAAUACCACAGUUGUGCUCACCAUCAUUGAUGAAAAUGACAAUGUCCCUGUGGUUAUAGGGCCUGCGCUGCGCAAUAAUACUGCAGAAAUCUCCAUACCCAAAGGGGCCGAAAGUGGCUUUCAUGUCACGAGAAUAAGGGCAAUUGACAGAGACUCUGGUGUGAAUGCUGAACUCAGUUGCUCCAUCGUAGCAGGUAAUGAGGAGAAUAUUUUUUUAAUUGAUCCACGAUCAUGUGACAUCCAUACCAACAUGAGCAUGGAAUCUGUUUCCUACACAGAAUGGGAGCUCUCAGUCAUCAUCCAGGACAAAGGCAAUCCUCAGCUGCAUACCAAAGUCCUUCUGAAGUGUAUGAUCUUUGAAUAUGCAGAGUCAGUGACGAGCACAGCAAUGACCUCAGUAAGCCAGGCAUCUUUGGAUGUCUCCAUGAUUAUAAUUAUUUCCUUAGGAGCAAUUUGUGCAGUGUUGUUGGUUAUUAUGGUGCUGUUUGCAACUAGGUGUAACCGAGAAAAGAAAGACACCAGAUCCUACAACUGCAGGGUAGCAGAGUCCACUUACCAGCACCACCCAAAAAGGCCAUCCAGGCAGAUUCACAAAGGGGACAUUACAUUGGUGCCGACCAUGAAUGGCACUCUGCCCAUCAGAUCUCAUCACAGAUCGUCUCCAUCUUCGUCUCCCACCUUGGAAAGAGGGCAGAUGGGCAGCCGGCAGAGUCACCACAGUCACCAGUCCCUCAACAGUUUGGUGACAAUCUCAUCCAACCACGUGCCAGAGAGUUUCUCAUUAGAACUCACCCAUGCCACUCCUGCUGUUGAGGUCUCCCAGCUUCUUUCAAUGCUUCACCAGGGGCAGUAUCAGCCAAGGCCAAGUUUUCGAGGAAACAAAUAUUCCAGGAGCUAUAGAUAUGCCCUCCAAGACAUGGACAAAUUUAGCUUGAAAGACAGUGGCCGUGGUGACAGUGAAGCAGGAGACAGUGAUUAUGAUUUGGGGCGAGAUUCACCAAUAGAUAGGCUGCUGGGUGAAGGAUUCAGUGACCUGUUUCUUACAGAUGGAAGAAUUCCAGCAGCUAUGAGGCUUUGCACGGAGGAGUGCAGGGUCCUGGGACACUCUGACCAGUGCUGGAUGCCACCGCUGCCCUCGCCAUCCUCCGACUAUCGGAGUAACAUGUUCAUUCCGGGGGAGGAAUUCCCAGCGCAACCCCAGCAGCAGCAUCCGCAUCAGAGUCUUGAGGAGGACGCUCAGCCUGCAGAUGCAGGUGAGAAGAAGAAGAGUUUUUCCACCUUUGGGAAGGACUCGCCAAACGAGGAGGACUCCGGGGAUACCAGCACAUCCUCUCUGCUCUCGGAAAUGAGCAGCGUGUUCCAGCGCCUCUUACCCCCUUCCCUGGACACCUAUCCUGAGUGCAGCGAGGUGGAUCGGUCCAACUCCCUGGAACGUCGCAAGGGACCUUUGCCAGCCAAGACGGUGGGUUACCCGCAAGGCGUGGCCGCCUGGGCAGCCAGUACACAUUUUCAGAAUCCCACCACCAACUCUGGUCCCCCACUUGGAACUCACUCCAGCGUGCAGCCUUCUUCGAAAUGGCUGCCGGCCAUGGAGGAGAUCCCCGAAAAUUAUGAAGAAGAUGAUUUUGACAAUGUGCUCAACCACCUGAACGACGGGAAACACGAACUCAUGGAUGCCAGUGAGCUAGUGGCUGAGAUUAACAAACUGCUUCAAGAUGUCCGCCAGAGCUAGGAGAUUGUAGCGAAGCAUUUUUGUUUCCAUAUAUGUGGAAAUAGGGAACAGAGAAAACCCUGAAAGAACUGGCAUUGCCAAAUAGUUGCAUUUAUCAUAAAUGUGUCUGUGUAUAUUGAAUAUUAAAUACUGUAUUUUCGUAUGUACACAAUGCAAGUGUGAUUAUUUUAAUCUGUAUUUUAAAAAUACAUUUGUACCUUAUAUUUAUGUGUAAUUUAACAGACAAAUUUUAUUUUUUUACUCCCAUGACAAACAUGUCUUUCCUAAUCAUGUAGAAACUAGCCACUGUUCAAAUAGGAUAUAGUAGUGAACCACAAAGUAUAAAGGCACUGUGUAGAUUAGUUAUGUUGGGGAAGAAAUUGCUAUGCUGUAGGAACAACCCCACUAAAGCAUUAUACGAUUCUUAGUUUCGUUAAGUGAUCCAGUUUCUUUUUUCAAUGCUUAAAAAAUAAAAUUAAGCAUCAAUAAAAAUAUUAAACUAUUUUAUUAUUAUCAUUAUUUUUACUGCUCUCUGCUAGUUCUGAUAGUUCAAUUACAGCAAAAUUGAAACAUGAGGUGAAAUUUCAUUUUAGGACUGGGAAGUACCUUUCACAGACAAUGAUGAAACUAGGGCUAGAGUCCAUGCUUCCUAACCCCCAGGGCCCUACUAUUCUGGGGCGUCACACUGGCCCUUUCUUGAGAAUAUUUCUCCUGAAGUAUUACUGUCUAUUUGUAAUCAAGGUAAACAAUGAAUUUCAUUCCAUCCUUGUAACAGUAGACACGCUCCAAGGAAAUGGAAUCUGUCCUUUAAAUGGGUAACAGUAUGUAUUCUAACAGCAGAAAGUAUUAGUGGAUGAAAACCAUUAUGUCGGUGUCCCUCCUAGGGUCGUAAAUGUAAUUGAUUUAUUCUGAAACUGUUUUAUUUGAAUCUUCCCUCUCUUCUCACAAUACUUGAACAUUUUUAUCUUCUGCAAUGUUUUUGCUAUAACUAUUCACUUUUAGCUUUUGUCUCCAGUGCAUGAUCUCAUAUUUUGCUUUUAUUUUUAGUAUAAGACCAUUUAUAAAAUUAUGAUUUUGUUAUUGCAAUUCUGUUGUAUUUGUUGUGUGACAAACAACAAAUUCUUUAAUUAUAGUGCUGUUAUCUCUCUGUGUGGAAUGCUUUGGUAAAGGAGAUCUUUAUUAUGACUGUUUUCAUUUAUGACCAAGCUUCUAUUAAUGUUAUUUCUAUGAAUACACUAUCUUGAUUGUACUCUCCAGAAAAUUUUGCUGUCAAUGAAAAUAAAAGGAAAAUUAAAGUAAAGCUAAAGAACUGUCCAUAAAUCAGAGUUCUGUUCUACAUAUAUGUUCAAAAGCUUUGCAUGAAGUAUAUCCUUCAUGAGAGGAUAGUUCAGUUUUGAGUUUUGAAUGAUAAAGAGGGAACAUUCAGCUGGCUUGGCAAACAAGAAAAACACAAUGGAAAAGGAAUGAAUUUGAGGCCUGUAAUGGGAAUGAAAGAAGUCUACCAUAUUCCCAGUAGAUUAAAGAAUUUAAAUGCAUUUGAAGUGUAAAGAAAAAAAGAAUAAUCAAAUAGUAAUGCUUGAACAUUUUUCAAAUUAAAAAAAAAUUCUUUCUCAGAACAUUUUGUAUUAAGUUGGGUCAAAAAAAAAUGUGCCUUACAAUGUUUCCAAGAGGUGAAAAUAUUAUCUUCCUUGGUUUACUAGCAGGGAAUUGAAAUAUGAAGAAAGUUAAAUAGCCUAAAAGAGGCUAAACUCAUAUAUUUUAAAUCUCAAAUGAGCACCACAUCAAAUAGAUGUGUUAUGUCUUCUAAAGGGCACAUUUUCCUUUAUAGGAAGGAUUGCAGUUACAAGGGAAAUUUCCGUUUAUUUUUCAGUAGAUUACCCACACAAAUGCUAAUCACAUUUAAAAACAUUUUUUUUCAAAUUCACUUCCUUUCAGUACAUAUUAUCAUUAAGAAAAAAAUUUCAUAAGAGCACUGUUCUUAAUUUAAAGCACCACUAGUAAUUAGGAAGCAAAGCUGGAAAUCAAUGUUUAAAUAAUGUGAAGUAAAUAAAAUGCAAAAUUAU